UCUUUCACCAUACCAUCCUCAGAAGAAAUUCAAUCAUGACGACCAAACUUUGCAAGCUUUUUGUCGGAGGACUGAACUUGGAGACCACAGAAGAUGGCGUCCGCAAGUAUUUCGAACAGUUCGGCACGCUUAACGACUGCGUUGUGGUGAUGAACCAGCAGCUCGGUCGGUCCCGCUGUUUCGGCUUUAUCACCUACUCUACACCGGAGGAGGCCGACGCAGCAAUGGCGGCUAAGCCACAUGUCGUCGAAGGCCACGACGUGGAAUUGAAAAGGGCCAUAGCUCGAGAGGACGCCAAUAACCCGGACAUCCUCGCCAACGUUAAGAAAAUAUUCGUCGGCGGUGUAAAAGACCACAUCGAGGCAGACCACCUGUCCGAGUACUUCUCCCAGUUUGGCGUGGUGGAGAAGGCCGAAAUAAUUUCUGACAAGCAGACCGGCAGGAAGCGAGGCUUCGGCUUUGUCUUCUUUGAGGACACCGACUCCGCCACCAAAGCUGUGCUGACUAAGUACCACACCAUCAGCGGGAACAAGGUGGAGGUGAAGAAAGCCCUGACCAAGCAGGAGAUGUCUACCGGUGGCCGCGGGAGAGGACGAGGAAGGGGGUGGCAGAGCUAUGGCGACGCAAGAGGAGGUGGCUCCUACGGAGGCAGCUACGGUAGCAAUUACGGAGGUGGCGGCUACGGAGGCGGCUAUGGCGGAGGUUACAACGGUGGUGGUGGCGGCGGAGGAUUCGGCGGGUAUGGGGGAUACGAUGAGGGAGGUUACGACAACCAGAUGGGGGGUGGGUACAGUAAUGGUGACUUUGGGGAUGGCUACGGACAGCAGCACUCCAGUUAUGGUGCAGUGAAGGGGGGCAACUAUUCCUACAGGAGCGGAUCUCCAUACGGCAGAGUUAGCAGCAGCGGUGGCUACGGCAGGGGGGGUGGUGGUGGUGGUGGUGGUGGUGGCGGUGGAUUCAGCGCUGGCUAUUAAGGCCCCCCCUUAAGUUUUGUGAUGUUCAUGGGGAAAAUUCAGAUUACAGCGAACUUGAAUCUACACGCAUACACACAUAUACACACACACACACACACACAUGCCCGGGUGAGGGGGCUUUGUUGAGUUCAUUUACGGGAGCAGUGCCCAUCACCCACACGGAAUGAAUGAGACUGUCCUUUUGGAUCCUGGAUCCCCCCCCCCCCCCCCUCCUCCACCCGGACCCCAUCUGUCCUCUUAUUCCACACAUAAUGGACUUUACUACUAAGAAUUGUGAAUUAUUGAAUUGUACUUUUGUUAUGUUUGGGUAAAGACUUGCUUUGAACCAUUUGUAUAGCCGUAAUCAAUGUCAGUCACUGCUUCUCAACUCAGAGAUGAGUUUGUUUGUCUUGCAAACCAGCCACAUGUGUGUGUUAUUUUUGCAUCAUGAACUCAGGGUUUUAAGUAAUGUUGGUGGCAGUGUCGGGCAGCAUGGGACUCGAUUGCUUGAGUUUCUUGAUCUAAAACACUUUUGUGACAAAGUAUUUUUUGGAGAAAUGUCACGGGCUGUUUUUGUUAUAUGUAUAAAUUACUUUUUUUUGUUUUCACCCGUCCCAUUACAGGCUUUUGUUUAGAUUAAAACUGUUUUGAAAUCCAUGUGUUCAGUUCACCCCUAUGUUUGAUUCUGCUUUUAUUAAAGUUUUUAAUGUUUUGAAAAUCUA